UUGCAUGGAACUGUUAGCUUAUGCAGUUGAGAGAACCUGAUACCUUGAGCUCUGUGAAUCUGUUUACAGCACAAAGUGCAGUGCUGGCAUUGGUAUGACGGUCUGGAAAAAAGUGUAUAGAAAGAAAGGGAGCAAGUAGUGUAGAAGAAAGUCAUAGUGCCAAGCAGCCAAUAUUAUAACAGAAAGAGAGGAAAAUUAUUAGAAGAUCACUAGAGAAAGUAAGGGAAUAUUGCUGUGACAAUGGGCAAUUCAUAGAAGAAAAUGUCAUAGUAAGUACAUGUAUAUAGGAAGUGUAAAACUACAGAAAAGGAAGACAUUGCUAAGGAAAAGCCAGGACGACAUGGGUUGUAAAUUCUCAGCUUAACUGAAAUCAAGUGGUUGAAAGGAAACACCAAGUGACUCAGACAGUUUUCAGAAAAAGGAGAAAAGGAACUAUAACUUUGCAAAAGGAUGUGAAAGCUGUCAGUGAAAUUAAAAUUGGUGAUAUAAAAUCACAUAAUAAAACAUUGUUGUGAGAUUAGCCCAGUACAUUGGGCUAUGGAUCUUCUAAUACAGUUGGAACUACCCUAAGAACGUAAACCUGCUCUCAGUCAUGGAGAAUGGGGAUGAAAUGACUGGGAGCUCUAACCUUCUGGUCCAUGAGGAUAAAAAGUAUGAACUCUGUCACCAAAAAGACUGCUGUGAGAGGGUAGUGAUCAAUGUGUCUGGUCUAAGGUUUGAAACUCAGGUCAGGACCCUCAGUAGGUUCCCUGAUACUCUUUUAGGAGACCCACGGAGACGAAUGCGCUUCUUUGACCCCUUGAGGAAUGAGUACUUUUUUGAUAGGAAUCGCCCAUGUUUUGACUCCAUACUCUACUUUUACCAGUCAGGUGGUCGUCUUCGACGGCCUGCAAAUGUCCCACUAGAUGUUUUCAUGGAGGAACUGUUAUUUUACCAGCUUGGCGACGAUGUGAUAAGAAAAUUCAGGCAAGAUGAGGGAUUUCAAAAAGAGGAGGAAAGACCCCUUCCUGACUGUGAGUUCAUGAAGCAGGUCUGGCUCCUUUUUGAACAUCCGGACAGCUCUUCUGCUGCCCGUAUUAUUGCCAUUAUCUCCGUCAUGGUUAUCCUCAUCUCAAUUGUCAUCUUCUGCCUAGAAACACUCCCAGAAUUCAGGGAUGAAAGGGAUCUGUCAUUACCAGUACAGCCUCAUCACAGGGGUAAUGUUACACAUAUUAUCCCUGAAAAGAGCCCAUUUGAGGAUCCUUUCUUUAUUGUGGAAACAAUCUGCAUCUGUUGGUUUUCCUUUGAACUUUCAGUAAGAUUUGUUGCAAGCCCCAGCAAGCCAGCAUUUUUUAAGGACAUUAUGAAUAUGAUAGACUUUGUGGCUAUCAUUCCAUAUUUUGUUGCCCUUGGUACAGAACUGGCUCGCCACAGAGGAGUUGGGCAACCAGCAAUGUCACUGGCCAUACUAAGGGUUAUCCGUUUGGUCAGAGUGUUCCGUAUCUUUAAGCUUUCUCGACACUCUAAGGGUUUACAGAUAUUGGGACAAACACUGAAAGCCAGUAUGAGAGAACUGGGGUUGCUCAUAUUUUUUCUGUUUAUUGGCGUUAUCCUCUUCUCAAGUUCUGUCUACUUUGCUGAAGCUGAUCAUGCAGAUACCAAGUUUACCAGUAUCCCAGAGGCAUUUUGGUGGGCUGUUGUCACCAUGACAACUGUAGGUUAUGGAGACAUGUCUCCUGAAACAGUUGGCGGAAAGUUGGUUGGAUCCCUUUGUGCCAUUGCAGGAGUGCUAACUAUCUCAUUACCUGUUCCAGUUAUUGUCUCCAAUUUUAGUUACUUCUACCACCGGGAGACAGAGUGCUCAGAUAUUGGUCAGUUCAAUCAUGUUGGCUCAUGCCCAAAUGGUCCACCUCAUACCCCAAAGCCAAAAAGUAGGGAAAGGAGCCCAAUGCUCAACAAACUCAAGAACAUAUGCACCAAUUCUAAGGCAGAACUAUUAGAUGGACUUGGAACUGUUAAUGACAUACAGAGUUCUGGCCAACCAUCCCAUUUAAUUACUCAAGUGUGAUUUUGGAGCUACAAUAUAUUCCACCUUUCUUCACCUUUUUCUCUUGGAGUCUUAAAUUAAAUGUUUUUACAGGACUAAACAAGCUCAGUUUUUCUUCUUGCCUGGCAUCAUCUGACAAAAAGGCUUGGAACAAAUAGAACAUGCAUAUUUUUGCGUUUGGAUCCUCAACGUGUUUUUUUUUAAUGUGAAAUAAAAUAGAAUUCAAAAGGUGAUAUGAAAAAAUACCAAAUGCUUUGUAAUAUAUAAUCAUGUUGUAGGCAUCAAAAUGUUCAGUGUAUUGGUGAGAGAGCAAUCUUAAGGCAUAGUGUAAGAAAUACCAAGCUAAAUUGAAUUAAUAUGAAGUUCUGAGCCAUAAACAAUUGGCCCUGAGUACUGGCUCUUUGGCUAGUGGAAGAUUCUACUAGAUGGCAUCAUAAUGGUAUCAUCAAGGGUGUCCCACUAAUAUCCCUGAGGCAACAGCUGGGUAUAACAGCCAAAUGAAAUUGUAGAAAUGUACUAUUAAAUUACAUGCUCUGAAGCUCUUAGGGGGAACAGCCAAAGAAGACCAGAGUCAAAUAUCAGCAAAUGACUAAAUACAUAAAUAUGGCAACAAAGGUAAUUCAGGGCAAGAAUGCAGAAUGAAGGAUAUCUUGCCCUUUCAACAAAGAGUUUGUUACUAUUCAGAACAGAGGAGCAUCUAAAGAAUGCUAUGUGGAUUACAUAACAAGAUUUAACUGUAGCUAUAUGUGAUUUGAGAAAAUGCAUUAAAUAUGAUCCUUAAAAGUU